AUGGCACAAGAGAUCAAGCAGUUAACUGCGACUAGUAAAAUAAAACGCUCAUCUUAUAAUACUGUUGCAGAAUGGGUUAAACAAGCAUGGGAUGAUAUUGAUAUCCAACUUAUUCAACGAUCUUUCAAAUGUUGUGGAAUAUCAGUUGCAAAUGAUGGAUCGGAAGAAAAUUUACUUUUUGAUUAUGAUUUAGUUGAAGGAUAUAAAGCCAAUGAAUAUAUUUUUAAUUAUAAUGAAAGAUCCGAUUUUACAACCUCAACCUAUUUAGAUUUCUCUUCCCAACAACAUUUUUUACCUCAAAGUUCUUCAUCUCAAGAUCCUCCAUUCCAAGGUCCUCUGUUUCAAACUCUUUCGCCACAAAGUUCUCUACCCUCAAGUUUUCCGCCUCAAAGUUCCCUGCCUCAAAGUUUCCCGUCUCAAAGUUCCCCACCUCAAAGUUCCCUGCCUCAAAGUUCCCCACCCCAAAGUCUUAAACCUCAAAGUUUUCUAUCUCAAAAUUCCCCAUUUCAAAGUUUUUUACCUCAGGGUAUCUUAUCUCAAAGUUUCCCACCUCAAAAGCUUUCACCUCAGCAAUACUUACUGUCCCAACAAGGUCCUCUACACCAACAGCCCCACUUCCAACAGAACCUCUUACAGCAAGACUAUCUGGCUCUACAAUACUUUUUACCCUAA